CCUUCAACAUCCAUUGCAUACUCAUUCUCUCUUCUCUCUACCUAUAAACGCUGAGGCAUUUCUCCAUCUUCCCAAGUUAAGGGCCUCCUACCACAAACUAGCUUCAAGGUUGAUCUCAAAUUAAUAUAUAAGCCAGAAAAUGGGAGAGAUGGGGAAGUUCCAAUUGGGUGUUAUUGGUGCAUUGUUUCUCUCAGUAGCUUCUUCUGUCUCCAUUGUCAUAUGCAACAAAGCCUUGAUGAGCAAGCUUGGCUUCCCUUUUGCUACAACGCUUACAAGUUGGCAUUUGAUGGUCACAUUUUGUACACUUCAUGUGGCUCAACGUCUAAACUUGUUCGUCACCAAAUCCAUUGACAUGAAAACGAUCAUGCUUUUUGGAUUUUUAAAUGGUGUUUCCAUUGGAUUUCUCAACUUGAGUCUUGGAUUCAACUCUGUUGGCUUUUAUCAGAUGACAAAACUUGCGAUCAUACCAUUCACAGUAAUGUUAGAAACCAUUUUCCUAAAGAAACAAUUCAGCCAGAAAAUAAAAUUCACUCUAUUCCUAUUACUUGUUGGAGUUGGUGUUGCCUCUAUCACUGAUCUUCAACUCAAUUUUGUGGGAACCAUUAUUUCCCUUCUAGCAAUCAUAACAACAUGUGUUAGCCAAAUUCUAACCAACACAAUACAAAAGAAGCUUAAUGUUUCUUCCACACAGUUGCUCUACCAUUCUGCUCCAUUCCAAGCAGCAAUUCUUUUUGUUUCUGGCCCUAUUGUGGAUCAAUUGCUCACCAACCAAAGUGUGUUUGCCUACAAAUAUUCUUCUACAGUCUUGGCAUUCAUCAUCCUAUCAUGCUUGAUUGCUGUUUCUGUGAACUUCAGCACGUUUCUAGUUAUUGGCAAAACAUCACCUGUAACUUAUCAAGUACUAGGCCACCUCAAAACAUGCCUUGUUAUAGGCUUUGGCUACACAUUGCUCCAUGACCCCUUCAAUGGAAGGAACAUUAUUGGAAUAUUGAUUGCUAUUUUUGGAAUGGUUUUGUACUCUUAUUUCUGCUUAGAGGAGAAUAAAAAGAAACAAUUAUUAGGUGAUCUUUCAUUGGCCUCUCAGGUUAAAGACAAAGAUAGCUCACCCCUUUUGGUUGGAAAAAACAUGGAUAAUCAAGAAGAGGAAAAUCACGAGGCUAAAAAAUUUAGCAAGGAUUCUACUAAUUAAAACAAUUGGCUUAUUAUCUUUUAUAAUUUCGUAUAUUUUGGGUGUUUUAGCUCAAGGAAACUUGAAAUGGGUGUAAAUUAAAUUUUGUUAAUAAAAUUUAUGUA